AUGUUAAGUGUUAGAGGUCUUGCAACUGCUGCGAAGGCCACGGGAAGUCCUGCUGUUAAGGUUGGUUUGAUACUUUCAAGAGUCCCAUUGGUUAGUCCUGAGAAAUCAGAACUUGAAAGUAGUUAUUACAAAUACAUGUCUGAGUUGGAAAGAAGAUUGAUGUGGACAUUCCCUGCAUACUUCUACUUCAAGAAAGGUACAUUGUCAGAACAUAGAUUCUAUGCAGCACAAAAAGGACCUAUUAGUAAACAAGAGGGUGUAUGGUUUCCUAAAGGUGUGCCUGAUAUAAAGCAUGGUAGAGAGAGGUCGCAAAAGCAGACCAUAAAUCUUCCCAAAUCAAAGCAACAAGAAGGACAAGCAUCCGAUGAUAUAUCCAGACCUAUUAUAGCAAACAGUAUUGUCACAGAAGCUGAUAAGAAUAAUGAUUUAACCAGCCUCGAGAGAUCACUGAGAAGAACUUUGUAUUUAUUAAUUAAGGAUAAGAAAGGCAUUUGGAAGUUCCCAAAUUUUGACAUUGGUGAGGAAAAAUCAUUGCAUAGAGCUGCAGAAAAGGGUAUAAGAGAGAUCGGUGGUGAAAAUAUGAAUACUUGGACAGUAUCUAGGACACCAGCCGCAGUUCUGAAGGAUGACCCAAAAAGCUCACAAUUCUUAAUCAAAUCACACAUCUUAAUGGGUAGAUUUGAUAUACAGGAUAAAAGAAUACUAUCUGAUUUUGCAUGGCUAUCAAAAGAUGAAAUUAAAGGUAAGGUUGAAAAAAACUAUUACGAGAAAAUCAGUUUCCUACUGUCUGAUAUCUAA